GUCCCCCUAAAAUAACUCAAGCUCCCAGACACAAGAAGGUGGCCGAGGAAGGCACCGUCAGCUUUAUCUGCAAGGCGUCGGGGGAUCCAGCACCAUCCUUUCACUGGGAGCGGGCGGGUAAGAAGAUCAACGACCGUCGCAACAGGUACGAGAUCAACGAUGCCCCACACAUCUCGGUGCUGAGGAUUAAACCAGUCAAAGCCAACAAGGAUAACGCCACCUUUACCUGCGUGGCCAACAAUAAUUUGGGGGAAGCCAGAGCUGAUGCUUCGCUGACCAUCUACCCGAAGGUGGAAGGAAGUGAUGGUACUAAUCCUUGGGUUGUUAAGUAUGAAGACUUCCCUCCAGGCUAUCCACGGAUUGAGACCCACCCCAAGCUGCGCUCGGUCGAGAAGGAUCGCAAUGUCCUGCUUCAGUGCGACGCUAAGGGAGACCCCAAACCCACCAUCUCCUGGCUCAAAGAUGGGUUUCCUGUAGACGACACAGAUCCAAGGAUCCAGAUAUUGGAAUCUGGCUAUCUGCAGAUCAAGAACAGCCAGGAAUCUGACGAGGCCACGUAUGAAUGUGUAGCCGAGAACGAGUUUGGAGUCGCCUACUCCUACCGCGCCAUGAUCUACAUCAAAGUCCGACGUAUCGCACCAAAGUUCACAAGAGCUCCAGAGGAUGUCAAGAUCAUGCCAAAUAGCGAUGUGAACCUGACCUGCGUGGCUGUGGGAUCCCCCAUGCCCUACGUCAAGUGGCGGGAGGGCGCCCAGGACCUGACGGGAGACGACAACAUCCCCAUCGGAAAGAACACCUUGAUGCUGACGGGCGUGCAGAUGUCGAAGAACUACACCUGCGAGGCUUCCUCUGAUCUUGGCAACAUCGAACAUCACGUACAGGUCAUUGUAGAAG